AUGUCAGUUGGGCAAAACGCUUUAGCUAACGAGCCGAGUAGAUUUUGCAUUGGUGGGGACGGUAAAGAGGUCCAGGUAACUGGAACCGGGAAACCCGCUGCUACACCACCUGCUCAAUAUACAGACUGUCAUAAUCAUGGCAGUACACUAUAUUGUGUAAGCCCCGAUGGUGAUGAAGUCCGAAUCCUGGCAGCGGAUGCACCCAGUCCACCGGCUGGCCAUGAUGAACAUGACCCUGAAGAGUUGAACUGUCAUUUCCAUGCCGGAGUGGAGCACUGCGUCUCAAAGGAUGGAUCCGAUGAACCAAAAGUCUCUUGUGACCGAGUUGACCGCGACUAUAAUGUGCCAUACCGAAUUGGCUCGCUUUUUGCCAUCCUCGUCACAAGUGGCAUUGGUGUUUUCCUUCCCAUAGUUUGGAGACGAUUUUCACCCUCAAAAACAAAUGCGGCCGUUUUUCUUAUUCUUAAGCAAUUUGGUACAGGUAUCAUGGUGGCUACUGCUUUUGUCCAUCUCCUGACUCAUGCUCAACUUAUGUUCGCCAACAAAUGUCUUGGGACCCUCAAAUACGAAGCCACUACUACCGCUAUAAUGAUGGCUGGCUUAUUUACGACGUUCAUGAUGGAAUAUGUUGGUACUCGAGUGAUAGACGCGAGAAACCGUUCGGGAUCCGACACUGAAGGAUCGAUAUCCAGCUCAACGGCACAAACAGGCCAGAAGGAUGAACCUGGAGUGUGUGCUAUGGGUCCUGAAGCUUCUCACCAGCACUUUGCGCCAAAUGAUAAGUUAAGCGUCGCUCUUUUGGAAGCCGGCAUAGUCUUCCACUCUGUUAGUAAGUGA